UAAUCCAAAAAGAGGUGUCCAGAAAUAGAUAGUAAUACUUUUCAUAAAUUCCUACUAAACAAUAAUUAGUGCUGUUUAAUUAAUAUUAUCCCAGAUGAUAGAAUAAAUUAGCGAUUUCCUAGUGAACUUGAAUAAUAUUAAUUUUUUAACUUAUUCAGGAAGAACAUAGCAGCGAAAUGAUCAAAUAUUGCGUCAUCUUUGUAAUCAAUAGGGGGAAAAAAAACAGAAUUGACCGCGUGGUAUAGUUUUUGAUAACAGCAAAAACUGAAUGUCAUGCUUCAAUAUCAAUUUGAUAUAGCAGAUAUUCGUGCUUUCAUUCCAUAAAAGAAAGUGAUAACACUUUGGUGAUUCCUUAUCUAAUUGUUGUUCGCCGACAGAAUCGAGUGUGUUGUUUGUUGUAUUCAUUAAUACAUAUGAUGUACAGAACACUGAGUAUUGGUUUUUUUAUAAGACGUGAUUUUAAUUAAUCACAUGCAAUAUAAAUCUUUGAAAAUUUAAAAGAACAAUGUUUUGAAUCCGAAAUUUACAUUUAAACUUUUGAAUAAUGAAUGAACUUCUUGUUAUUAUAUAAUACCAUCCUAUUAGAUAUAUAUGUAUAUACAUUGUAUAUAUAUAUAUAUAUAUAUAUAUGUACAAUGAUUUAUGAUUAGUCCGAUCAUUAUAUUUCUCAAUUUUCUCUUGUGCAGUCGGCUCGCGGGAAAUGUAAACGGUGUAUGGUACACAUAAAGUAGAAUUUUGAGAAUAUCAUGCGCGCUAGCUAAGCGCAUGGAAAAAUUGGGUCGAUGUGCGAAAGAUGGCGGCUACUGCGUGGUGUAUGUGAAAAAGAUUCGUACAUAGAUUUUGCCUGUAGUUUUUACCAAAACAUGACAAGAUAUGGAAAAGCGUAUUUGCAUGUGCACGCCGCUACUAUACGCGGACGGUUCGUAAUGUUGAUGAAUAUUCAGAUUUCAUGUUUCCUAUUCGCGUAAAAGACGUUUGUUUACGAUAAAGUUUGUGUAAUACUACAACGUGAAGUGGAGUGUUGCAAGGGAAAAAGAGACCCUAACGUAGGCGAGACUGGAGAUCAAGUGUUGCCGGACUUCGGCCCGGUAAGAAGAUCAGUAGAGAUGCUGAAGCAAUUGCAGAUGGGGAUGAGAGCUUUCCUCUUGAUGGCCUCCCGAUUGUGGACAUGCGUCUUCUUUCUCCUCAAGAAGCAGAUAUCACAAAUGCAACCUGUUAAAUAUGAGAUCUUCCCAUUAUCUCCAUUGUCAAGGCACAGACUUAGUAUAGUUAAAAGAAAAGUACUAGUAUUGGAUUUGGAUGAAACAUUAAUUCACUCCCAUCAUGAUGGAGUAGCAAGGCCAACAGUUAGAUUUGGUACACCACCAGAUUUUAUUCUUAAGGUGAAAAUAGAUAGACAUCCAGUCAGAUUUUUUGUCCACAAAAGACCACAUGUAGAUUUCUUUCUAGAUAUUGUUAGUCAAUGGUACGAACUAGUGGUUUUCACUGCUUCCAUGGAAAUCUAUGGAGCAGCUGUUGCAGAAAAGUUAGAUAACAACAGGGGUAUUUUAAGAAGAAGAUACUAUAGACAACAUUGUACACCAGAAAUGGGUUCCUAUACUAAAGAUUUAUCUGCAAUUUGUUCAGAUCUAGCGUCAGUCUUUAUACUUGAUAACAGUCCUGGAGCCUACAGGGCUUAUCCUCAUAACGCAAUACCAAUAAAGUCAUGGUUUAGCGACGCGGGAGAUACUGCUCUGUUAAGUUUACUUCCAGUUUUGGAUGCACUUCGUUUUACACAGGACGUGCGGUCUGUUCUUUCAAGGAAUUUACAUUUACAUCAUACUUGGUAGCACAGUUUGAAUUAAUUAAUAAAUUAGAUUUAUUAGAGACCGAACUACAAAACGUUUAGCGUGUUUAAUCUAGGAUUAUUGUUACUGGUACUGUGUUAAUAGACAUUAGGAUGCUGACUAAACGAUGCGACGAUGAUCCCUGACACACACCCUGUCCUCAUUUUCUACGCUCGUUAGAAAACAAAACUGUAGCGAGUAAGUCUGAAAGGGAGUGGGACCUUUAACCAAACUAUUUACAUUAGCACAAAAUAUCCUGGUAUUUUCGUUAUGUUCAUGUGUGCGCAAUACUAUAUAUGUACGUACGCGAAUGGUACACACAUACGCAAAAACAAUUACACAUAUACACACAUGCAUACACGACAAACAUACAGAGCUUUUUAAGAAAAAAAUGUAUUUGCCAAAGAUCAAGAUUUUCAGUUAACAUAGAUUUAUAUAUUUUACUUGAAAUAAUUUUGUUCUAAGUGGAGAUAUGCAAAACAUUUUAAGUAUUUUGCCACACAUGAUAAAAAAAGUGUUAUAUUUUUUAAACAAAUUAUUUCUGUUAUAUAUAAUAUUAUUAAACUUAAAGUGUAGUAUUAAAAAAAGGAUAAUCUAAUACUAAGUCACACUUUAAACGGACAUCGCUGUAACUCACUGUAUCAGUGAGGCAGCUAUCCUGGAUAUACCUAAUAAUAAAAAGAAGUAUUAAAGAACUA